AUGCUGACCAUCAAUACCGACUCUUAUAGCAUCUCGGACAAGCCUCUGACUCCUGGUGCUAGUAGGGCCAAGUAUUUGGCCAAGAACCCAUCGCGGGAGAAUGCCCCUGAACGUCAUUGUAACGCGCGCACUCUCUCAGAAAGAAGAAAAUACCGGUCCAAAUCUGUAGUCUCAUCGGACCCUCGCAGCCCCUAUUUUACCAGCCGCGGAGCGGGAGCUUUCUUUGCAGGGCAAAUUCGCCGAGCACCUAGCGUCUCAUGCGUAGAGGAUGCCCACGGUGCCGCAAAUUAUCUCGGCUUUGCCGCAGCAAGUAACGAACGUAACAGUGGACGACUAAGGGGCAGCCAACACAAUCUUAACGGUCAGAUCCCUGGCUUAAACUUGUCUUUGUCUCCUGAUAAUCCCAAAGCAGCAACUAUUCACCAACAUUACUAUCCCGAAGGUGGGUGGGGAUGGAUGGUAUGUGGAUGUGCUACGAUAGCACAGUUACUGACCGUUGGUCUGCUGGCCGCAUACGGCUUCUUCAUCUAUCAAACACAAAAGCACUUUCGCUCUGACGUCAACAUUAUAGGAGCAGUUUGUAUGGGAGCAUUUUCUACCUGUGUAGCCCUGUUUCUCUCGCCUGUGAUAGUAGCCAUCUGCCGACGUAAAAGUACCAGAUUGUUAGCCGUCCUGGGUGGACUAAUAACAGCGCUUGGGUGCCUGUUUACGUCAUUUGCCUCUCAGUUCCACCAACUUUUUGUUAGUUACGGGAUCUUUGUGGGAUGUGGUGUUAGUAUGACCCGUGAUGCAGCAACACUCAUGGUUGGUCAGUAUUUCAAACGAAAGAGAGAGUUGGUCGAAAUCGCCAUCUUCUGUGGUACAGGACUAGGAAUGACCAUUAUGCCCGUGUUUCUAAGUGAAUGUAUAAGAACAGCAGGGUGGAGGCUUGGCUUGCAGGCAGUCACAGGGGUCGUCUUUAUUACGUUUAUUUUGGGAGUCUUCUAUCGCCCAGCGUCCUUGUACCACCCACAAAGAAGAGCAAUUCUCCAUCUGAAGGGUUUACAGAAGCGAUCAAAGGCAAAAGAUAAGCAAGCGACUGUUGAGAAACCGCCUUUCUUCGACUUUGGGGUUCUUAAAUCAAGGACGGUACAGAUCCUUCUUCUAGGAACUGGGUUGGCAGCCUUUGGAGCUCACACACCAGUUAUAUUACUAGUUUAUCAAGGAGAAAAAGAAGGCUUAGACUAUCAGUCCCUGUUGCUACUUCAAGUCUUUCUGGGCCUUGCUUUUGCACUUGGGAGCGGGGCUUUCGGAUUUAUAAUUGUAAAGAAUAGUGUUCAAUGCAUGAUUGCCCGCCAGUAUCUCUGCCAAGCUGCUUUGUUCAUGAUCAGCGCCUCUCUUCUUGCCUUCACAGCUUUGAAAGAAUACCAAGGAUUCGUGCUUUUUGUGUGGAUUUACGGACUCUUCUACGGAGGCUAUAGUUACUCAUUAAAGAUGUAUACUCUUGAGAAAGUGCGAGCCCGCAACUUUGCAAGAGCGUGGGGUUUUGUCCAAUGGAUACAGGCCAUUCCAUUUGCAGUGGGGAUUCCCGUUACAGGGUAUAUCAACGAACAGUAUGGUGGAAAAAUAGGAUUUUACUUCUCUUCUGCGUUUGCUUUUGUUGGCAGCGUUACGCUAUUUCUCAUAGACAUUCAUAAGCGAAACGUCGAGAAGCGGAAGAUGAGUGUGUUUAGCGAGGGUAGACGAUGUUCGGACGCCUGCCUCAGUACCAGGACGUUUAGUCGACAAUCCUCCUUUCAGGAUUCGGCGUUUGGACGCAAUCCACCUCUCUCUCGGCUUCAGCAGCGUAGUCUGACGUUCAGCAACUACACGGAUUUGCGACGGCAAGAACUGACGUGCAUAUCGGAGGAGGUGGCAAUGGAGAAUUUUCUGGAAGACUUAGUAGACGAUUGUAUCACUUCCUGUAAUAAAGAAGAAAAAUAUUUGAUGCUGAGCGAAUACGAACAAAAUCUGAACAAAACACAAGAGGAUCUGGAAGACGAGGAGAAAGCUGAAGGAUUAAGAAAAAUGUCUGUGAUUAAUUCUCCAUCGCUAGAGACAUGUCCCAGCUGUUUAAAGUACGUUCAUAAGCCAAUAGAUGGCAGAACAGAUCAAACAUCCAUCACUGAUUCAUCACCUCGGCCAAAUAGGCAGAAUCUACAAAAGGCUGUGUGUAAUGUGGACAUUAUUGAAGAGGUUACGACUUCACUAUGAUCAAAAGAUAUAUAUUACAGAAAAAAAACAAAAAUAAAAGGUAGUUAAGAAAAAAAAAGCCAAUCACACGUAAAAUCUUAUACAACGUAUUUGUACCAGGUUGACUAAUGUAUUGAAAUUCAUUUACAAUAACGAAGUAGAAUUAAGUUAAAGUGUAGAAACUACCCAAGAAUCAAAAAGUGGUCCAAGUAAAUGUUUCUAUAUUUUCAACGCUAAAUCUAGACCUUUGUCAUUUACUGCUAAGGUUUUACGUAACUUAGCUA